AUGGCUAAGAGACUAGUGGAGUAUUAUCCCAUGCUACAGGAUAAAGAUGAACCCAUCAAACAUAUGAGCAUGUACAGUUAUCUUCAGAAGAGAAUUCUGAAUGUGAAGUCCCCACAGAAGAGGCAGGGGCCCAGACCAGAGAGAAGCAGUUCAACCAAAAGACUGACCAGGGAGAAGAUUAUGAUGCCGACUCAAGUGGUGGAUCAACAAUUCUUUUGCCACCUGGGAGCAGUUCUGAAGGUGACAGUUCAGGUGAUGGAUGAACUGCGGCGGAUUCUGGAUAAGGACAACAGCAAGUUCAUAAAUGAAGUAAAAAAGAGAUGGGCCGACUUCUGCUCCAUGGUGCAGUUUUAUGGGGUUUGGAGGAAAGUGUUGAAACCACCCAUGAGCCUGGGUGCAGUGGAAUCCAACAUCGCCUUGUUCAGGGCACUACCCACACUCUUCCCCUCACAGUCUGCACCACCCAAGAAGAUGGGACAGGCCACGGACACAGAUAGUCUGGCAACACAGGCCAGGCAUUACAAGACUCUGCAGGAGAUGUAUAAGAAACCAAAACCCAACCAAGAUGCUGUCUGCCAGAUCCUUGACCUUAAGUUUCAAGCAAGAAGAACCUUCAUUGACAAUGACAUUCUGAAAGAAGAGGACAGACCUGCAAACAUUUUGGAAGCAUAUCCAUGUUUCAAAGAGCUUCAUCAUGUGAUGGAUGAACUGCGGCGGAUUCUGGAUAAGGACAACAGCAAGUUAAUAAAUGAAGUAAAAAAAGAGAUGGGCCGACUUCUGCUCCAUGGUGCAGUUUUAUGGGGUUUGGAGGAAAGUGUUGAAACCACCCAUGAGCCUGGGUGCAGCUGUUUCAACAGACACAAUUAA